AUGUGCUUAGUCGUAAUUCAAAGUCCAGCCUUUGCUGAUGGCGCGCGCAUAUACUCGUAUAACUUAGAUGAAACUGCUACGAGCACUGUUCAGAAAAAUCUGAGAGUUUUAGCUCCAAAGGGUCAAAGAAAUAUUCUGACGAAAGAGUCUGGGGACACUGUGCUGACUUUACAUACACAUACAUCAGCCAAACUUCAGCCGUUGGACGUCGACAUCCAUGAACCGUUUAAAUCCUACUAUGAGUGA